AUGGCACAGUUGCUGGAUGGCCCAGACGUGCAGGCGAUAGCCUUGGCCCAGAUCCCGCGGGAGGAGUUUCGCCUGCGAGGUGCCGCCGGGUUUUCGGGGCAAUUCGGCACAGAAGUGGCAGGUGAUGGCAGCCCGGCCGCUUUGUAUUUCUGGGAUGAAGUUGACUGGGAUGCGGUGGACAAAUCGGAGAGCCGAUCGCUGGUCCUUACGGAUCACAACAAGAUGACGGAUCAGGUUGCUGCUCACUUUGCUGACCGUGUCAAGAUGGUGCUGGACCAUCAUGCGGGCGUCAGUUCGUAUCCCGAAGCCGUGACUGUUGUGGACGAGAGCCUGGGGUCCGCCUGUACCCUGGUGGUGGAGGAGUAUUUGCGCAGGCCCGAGAAGCUGUCUCUGGAGAUCGGUACUCUGCUCGCGGGCGUGAUUCGGUUGGACUGCAGAAACUUUGACCCCAAGGAGAAGAAAGGUACGAGCAGAGAUUCGGCUGCACUAGAAGAGCUCGCGAGGCUAGACCUGGUGCCGUCUGUGGAGCCAAACGCCUGGUACAGGAGCCUUAUGGAAGCUCGCAAGGACGUGUCGCACCUGUCGGUGCGAGAGCUGAUGCUUCUCGAUACGAAGGUGGUGACUCUCCGGGGCAUGAAAGUAGCGGUUGCAAGCUUCUUUGGCACGCUCACAGAUGUUUGCUCCAAAGCUGGCAAGAGUGACGAGAUCGUCGCGAUCGCUCAAGCUCUUGCUCGGAACCGUGGCUACGAGGCAGUCAUUUUGCUCUUCAGCAAGGACAAAGCCUUGGCUCAGAAAAGAGCCCUGGCAUUUGUGCCGUCCAGCGAUGCGGCGGCCGACUUGUGUGCAACGAUUGUGAGUCAGAUGCGCGAAACUCCAGGCAACCUGCCAGACGACCUGAAGGAGAACCCUCUGUACCAGACCCAGGGCCUGGUAGAGGUUGGCUUUGAGCUUGAACCGCUCAAGGAGUUCCAGCCGCUUGAUGUCUACAGCAUCAGAGGCGAGACUUCCAGGAAGACGGUGCUGCCAUUCGCUAUGGCGGUGGCAGGCUGA